AUGGCUGCCCAAAAGUCCGCUGUCACCAGAGAAUACACCAUCAACUUGCACAAGAGAUUGCACGGUGUCUCUUUCAAGAAGAGAGCUCCAACUGCUGUCAAGGAGAUCAAGAAGUUCGCCAAGUUGCACAUGGGUACUUCUGACGUCAGAGUCGACCCAAAGUUGAACGUUGAAUUGUGGAAGAGAGGUAUCCAGGGUGUUCCAUUCAGAUUGAGAUUGAAGAUCUCUAGAAAGUUGAAUGACGAAGAAAACGCCACCGAAAAGAUGUACUCCUACGUCCAGGCCGUCAACGUUGCUACCGCCAAGGGUUUGCACACCGUUGUCGUCGACGAAGACGAAGCUUAA